GUCCGAGUAGAGCGUCUCACAGCUCCAGUGAGAGUCUCAGCAUCUCCUCCAGGUUCCUCUCCCAGAAUUCAGCUGGAAGUCGGGCUUUGUUUCCUCUCCCAUCUCGGACCAGUGGGGGAGGAGGAGGGGAGGUGAAGGGCCGUCCUCUGGUCUCUGAAGUCCGACCUCUGAUGGAUCCUUGUCAGAACAGUAUCCAGGACAGGAAGGUAUUGGGGAACCAGGACCAAACCCAGAAAGAGAACCAGGACCAGACUUCAACACCUCAGGACCAUGUCCAGUCUCAGAACCAGAUCCACCAGAGACCAGAUCAGCUCCAAAACCAGGUUCAAGAGGAAGAGGAGAACUCAGUGGUGCUGCAGGCGCCUCUGAGGAACAAUGUUCAGACUGAGACCAAGAGGAACCCGGACCUGACGGCCCGGACCAAUGCCUCACAUCUGACCUGGAGCUGUGGCCUCCGGAAAGUCCAGUCAGUCCAGAGCCUGCUCAGCGACACAGGUGAUACCUCUUGUCCUGGAGACAUCCCCCCUCAGCGACCCACCACCCUUCCCUCCACCCCCAGACGUCCCCCAUCAUCGUCAUCCCUCCCCCACCAGAGACCCAGCCCCUCCUCCCCCAUUGCAUCGUCUGCUGCCACCACAGUGAGAAAGUCUUCAUCCUCCUCGUCCUCAGCUCCAUCUGCACCACGCUCCUACAUGAGUCCCACCGCCAGCUCCAUGGCCAAGAUGUCCCGCUCCAUCUCUGUGGGCGACGGCCUCAAUGUCCCCGAACCCACCGAGGACGGUGUGCCGACGUCGUCAGUGGUAACCCCUUCCUCUCAGGUUAGAGAGACUCCGCCUCCUCUGGUUGCUGUGGUGCCCUCCAACGCUGCACUCGCUGUGCCCCCCCACGCAGCAGUUGUCCCUGUCGUUGCCCCCUCUCCCUCGUCUUCCUCUCUUGGUAACCAGAGUAACCAAGCAGCGCCUCCCACCCGCGGUCUCCAGGCUCGGGUUCCUGGCAGCGGCAGACCACUCCCUGAUAAGCCGUCCCUCACCUCCUUCUCGCCAUCAUCCAAGUCUGCCGCCGCCCCCUCGUCUUCCACUUGUCGGCCUCCACCGCUCUUGGUCUCCCCCCUGACCUACCCGUGGCAGGGGGUGGAGCCUCAGACUCCUGCAGGAAGGGACGAUCCAGGUUUGGACUCCUCCUCCUCUUGAUCCCUCCAUCCUGUCAUCUCUCUGUCUGGGCUCUGGCUCCCACCCUCCUCUUCAUCACUGCACUCCUCCUCCUC